AUGUUUUCAAGGCUAAUACCACUAAUACUAUCCCUCAUAUCACUUGCCAAUGCAGCAGAUGUGUAUUAUCCAGCAGCACAACUAGUUGGUUGUUACUCGGGAGUCGGUGAUUCAGAAGCUGACUCUCAGGGAGAUUACCAAUGGCAGUCUUCAGGCUAUUGCUCUAAUCAUUUAUGCCCCGACUCACAAUAUGUUGCCAUAAAAGGCGAAGAGUGUAUUUGUUUAAAUAGCUUGCCUUCAUCAUCCAAUAAACAGUCCGAUGACUCAAAAUGCAAUAUACCUUGUCCCGGAUAUAAUAAGGAAAUGUGCGGUGGAUCAAGUUUUUAUUCGAUAUUUUUUGGCGUUAAUAAUAGUGGGAAUAAUGGUGGUGGUGGUAGUAGUAGUGGUAGUUCUUCAUCUGAUGACUCAGAUUCUUCAACAAGCUCAUCAUCAUCAGCAGGAUCCUUGUCUUCUUCUGCAUCGGGCUCAUCAUCAUCCCCUUCAAGUAAUCAACAAUCAACAAUUACAAAUGUUGUCACAUCGAGCAAUGAUGCUGGAGAAGUUGUUAUUAGAACAAUUACACAAACUUCUUCGGGAGAUGCUUCAAACACUGAAGCUACACCUGCUUCAGAAACUUCUUCUUCAGAAGGAGAUGCCGAAGCAACAAAUGGUAAUGAAAACAAGUCAAAAUCAUCGGUUGGGUCAAUUGUAGGUGGAGUAGUUGGAGGAGUAGCAGGAGCCGUAGUCAUUGCUGGAUUAUUGUUCUUUUUCAUAAGGAGAAGAAAUAGAGGAUACGAUGAUAAUGAUUACGAUGAAGGUUAUAGCCACGAUGAAGAAAAAUACUACAGCAAUGAUAAAUUACAAAAUUUCUUUGCCAUGUCUCGAUCAAAUGGUUCAACUCGUGAUAAAAACAGCAACAGAAACAGCAACAGAAACAAUAAUAAUAAUAACAAUAAUAAUAAUAAUGGAGCAUCACCAUUAGACAUGCCAAUGUCUAAUCCAUUCCAACACCCAGCCGACAAUACAGCAAAUCAAAAUUCAACAGAAAGGACAACAACUAACGGAGCAACAUUGGGAUUAGCUGAUCCUAGAAUAAACUUGGCCCUGGUUGGAAGGAGAAGAUUGAGCGAGGGUUCACUUGUAGAUGAAGCUAUUUAUUCACAAGGAAAAUUUUUACAAGUUAUCAAUCCUGAUGAACGAAGAUCACAAAUUUUAUAA